GUCGGAACGUAAAUAUCUGCGUGUCAAGGAAAAAUGAAAGUGAGGGUUUCUUCCCCAGUUGAGCGCCUGGGUUGGAGCUUCAGCCUCAAAAGGACAUGAAAUCCCUGCGGAUUCUCUGGAUCUGCCUCCUCCUCCUCGCUGUGUGUCUGCUAAUAUGGUACAAUCUUGUGAUGAGGUCUAGACUUGCCAUCAGAACAGGCCUGCGUGGUUACGUGAGGGUUCAUCCCAACACUCGCUCAAUGCCAUACUUCCUGGACUUCCGCUGUGGCCGCUGUGCCGUGGUGUCCAGUUCCGGGCACGUGCUGAGCAGUGGACGGGGUCAGGAGAUCGACCGACAGGACUGUGUGAUCCGGAUGAACGUGGCGCCCACGCUCGGGUACGAGGUCGAUGUGGGGAACAGGACCAGUUUGCGUGUGGUCUCUCACACCAGCGUGCCACACCUGGUACGGCAGCAGGGCCAUUUCUUCGGGCGAGAGGCGGAAACUAGAUACGUCAUUUGGGGCCCUGAGAAAAACAUGAGACAGGAUGGAAAGGGGAAAACCUUCAAUGCACUAGUGAUGCUGGCUAGGAAGUAUCAACGUACACACAUCUACACCGCCACCAGAGACAAGGUUCAGCACUGUGACAACGUCUUUCAAAACGAGACGGGCAAAAACAGGAUGAAAUCGGGGGCAUUUCUCAGUACAGGGUUUUUUACAAUGAUUUUGGCUCUGGAGAUGUGUGACAGUAUUUUGGUUUAUGGAAUGACAGAUGGCUCUUACUGCAGUAACGCCAACCACUCGUUUGUGCCGUACCACUACUACGAGCCGUCCCGUCUGGAUGAGUGCCGCAUGUACCGCGCUCACGAACACGCCAAGAGGGGCGGCCAUCGCUUCAUCACAGAGAAACUCAUUUACAGCCGUUGGGCGUCUCAGGGGAAGCUGCAGUUUGUUUACCCAUCCUGGUCAGCGCAGGAACAUCAGCAAGACUAGUUUCAACCAGGUUCGACUUUGUGUGAAGAUGUCGGUCAGGCUUCAGCAAACAUUUUUCCUCGUGAUGUCAGUUUCUGUUCAUAUCAAAAACCACUGCGGUUCUUUUAUUGUGUGCAUUUACUCAUCAGUUGCUGCUUUGCCUUUGCUUAUUCGGUAGAGGUUUAUUCCUUCAGUCUUAAACAUAAUUCUGCAAAGUAUUCUUCAUAACGAGCCUUCUGCAUUAUUGUAUUACUGACAAAGACAUGACAUGCUAAUUUGUCUAGUUGCUGGUUUACUAGCACUUUCCAUGGUCAACUACUGAAAUACUAAACUCAUCUGUGUGAGAAGACCUGAAUUCAGAGCUCAAAUGACAUUUCAAUACAUUAAUGUCAGAUAAUACCUCUUAAAUAAUCAGUUUAUUCAUAGCGAUGAUCAUAUGUUUUAACCACUAUAAACUAAUUGUGUGCAGUAAACUCAAGCUUAGUUAGCAGUAAUUAGAGAUAACUAACAAACAGGAUAACUUGCUAGGGUGUUGCAGUUCAUUUAGCAGAUGUUACAUUAAAAUAUUUGUACAGGGUUGUGCAACUUUCUAUCCCUUCUCUUAAAUUAUUCAUUUUUUACAUGUAGUAUUAUCUUAGCUGUAUAAAUAUAACAUAUAAUAUAAUUAUAUAAUUAAUGAUAUAAAUGCUCAAAACGUAUAAUACUACAUGUAAUUGCUCCGUUAUGCAGUGUUAGAUGUGGUCAUUUUUCGUUAUACAUUUAUCAGUAUUUUCUAUAUUAUUAUUAAUAAGUAAUAUUAAAGCAGCUAUUUAUUAGUUGACACUGAUGAUUUUAUUAUUAACACUGUGAUUUCCUAACAUUUCUUAGAAAAAUGACAUUUUUUUUAAAGGGGUCAUCGGAUGCCCAUUUUCCACAAGUUGAUAUGAUUCUUUAGGGUGUUAAUGAAAAGUCUCUAAUAUACUUUGGUUAAAAAUUCUCAAUGGUUGUGUAAAACAACACCCUUUUUACCUUGUCAAAAUCAGCUCUGCAAAAAUCAUCUAAUUCUGGUCGAGGCUGCUUUAAAUGCAAAUGAGCUCUGAUCGCCCCACCCCUCUCUGCUCUCUGUGGAGUGACGAGCCUGUUUACUUUAGCCGCGUUUAGCCGCUAAACUUGCUAACUAGCACAUUAUUAGGAAAGACGAUCGCAAAGAUUCAUAAAAAAACCUUUAUACUCACUUCUGCUGUAAGUAAAGCUGGAUCAGGAAUGAUUCGCGCGAACAUAGACGGAUAUAUGUAGAUCGGGAGGCGCAUUCUCUACACAAACAAACGUAAUCUACUGCAUCUUCAGCGACUUAGAUGUCGGGAGUAAAUGACGACCACUGUGUUCAUUAUUACAUCCAGCAACACAACACCUCAAUCGCUCAGUUCUUGUCUAACUUACAUCCCUGCUCCGGCAUCAAAACAUGGAGGUCGGACUGUUACAACUGAUCUUAGGUAAGACGCUCAUGUCAAUCAACUAUCGUGGGAGUGGCCUCUGUGCGUGUGACACAACAACGUCAGGCAUCUAAGAGUGGCUCGAUUUGAAAAAGGGGAUAUUAUUUUUACAGAUUAAUUAAAAACCACUGCAUGGAUUUUUAUCAUUACAGGGUAGAUGUGUACAUACACUGCCAACACACAUUAAUGUUCAAACAACAUGUAAAAGUGAACUUAGCGUCCGAUGACCCCUUUAAGCAUUUAACAUUCUCAUUUCAUCAACAAAACUAUGUGCAUGUUUUUCCAAGAAAGUUUUUCCCUUUUUACCUUUUGCUUUGAUUGCACUUUUUAUUUUGUUUUUUUAUGUGUGUGUGUUUAUAGAGAAUUUUGUCAUUCGCCAUCUAACCUAAGAGGGUUAAUUUCUAUUUUUACUUAAAGGUUUUCUGUAAGGAUGAGAGAAAAGGUACUGUGCUUUUAUGAUUAUAUACAUUUAUUUUUGUAUUUAUUUCAAGGUGCAAAAUGUUACUGUGGAACAAAACUGUUAUUUUCGAUAUUUUAAUAUUGUAUGCAUGUGUUUGCAUAAAAUGGUUUUUGGUGCUUGUUUUGUCUUAGUAUUAAUAUAUAAUGAGGUCACAUUAUGAAUUAAUAUCAUGAAAUGAUAUUAAAUUUAAUGUGUAUUUUAUUUUAUUUUUUUUACAUUGGAUUAUGUCAUAUUUUCAACUACUCUGUAUUUGAUGCAUAGGCUAAUAUGAGUUUCCAGUGAAAAUUACUUUGUAAUAAAACUAAUGUUUUAUUUCUUUUUACUUUAAAAUUAAAAAGUAAGAGAUCCUUACACACAUCAUUUGAUGAAAUUACUGUGUAAUUCUUUAAUGAUGGUUUGACCUGUGAUGACUCUUGCUCUGUAUCUCAAAUUAAAAUCACCAGUUAAUAAACUAAGCAUUAUUUUAAUUUAA